AUGAGGAAGAAGGUGGACGAGCGCAUCCGGACGCUGAUCGAGAACGGCGUGCGGGAGCGGCAGCGGUCCAUGUUCGUCAUCGUCGGCGACAAGUCGCGCGACCAGAUCGUCAACCUCAACUACAUGCUCGCCAAGUCCCGCGUCAAGUCCCGCCCCUCCGUCCUCUGGUGCUACCGCGACAAGCUCGAGAUCAGCAGCCACAAGAAGAAGCGGGCCAAGCAGAUCAAGAAGCUCAUGCAGAGGGGGCUCAUGGACCCCGAGAAGGCCGACCCCUUCUCGCUCUUCUUGGAGACGUCUGACAUCACCUACUGCCUCUACAAGGACUCCGAGAGGGUUCUUGGCAACACAUUCGGCAUGUGCAUCCUGCAGGAUUUUGAGGCGCUCACGCCCAACCUACUCGCGAGGACCAUCGAGACGGUUGAGGGUGGUGGUUUGAUCAUCCUGCUGCUCCGCUCCCUUUCCUCUCUCACCAGUCUUUAUACAAUGGUCAUGGAUGUCCAUGAAAGAUUCCGGACAGAGUCGCAUACCCAGGCUGCUGCUAGGUUCAACGAGAGGUUCUUGCUAUCCAUAGCGUCUUGCAAAUCAUGUGUCGUCAUGGAUGACGAACUCAACAUUUUGCCUAUAUCCUCUCACAUGAAAUUUAUACAACCAGUUACGAACAAUGAGGAUUCUGAGGGACUGUCAGAAAGGGAGAGAGAGUUGAAAGAUCUAAAAGAUCAAUUCCGUGAAGACUUUCCAGUUGGUCCUUUAAUUGGAAAGUGCUUCACGAUGGAUCAGGGUAAAGCUGUGAUCAAUUUCCUUGACUCUAUUUUGGACAAGUCCCUGAGGAGCACAGUUGCCUUGCUUGCUGCUCGCGGACGCGGGAAAUCAGCUGCCCUUGGUCUUGCUAUUGCUGGAGCCAUUGCUGCUGGGUAUUCAAACAUAUUUGUCACAGCCCCAAGUCCAGAGAACCUAAAAACACUGUUUGAUUUUGUGUGCAAGGGAAUGAAUGCACUGGAGUACAAGGAGCAUUUGCAUUAUGAUGUGGUGAAGAGUGCAGAUCCAGAACUCAAGAAGGCAACUAUUCAAAUAAAUGUCUACAAGCAGCAUCGUCAGACGAUCCAGUAUCUGAAACCACAUGAUCAUGGGAAGCUUUCUCAAGUUGAGCUCCUUGUCAUUGAUGAAGCUGCUGCUAUUCCAUUGCCAAUUGUUAAGUCCUUGCUUGGUCCAUACCUUGUUUUCCUAUCAUCCACUGUCAAUGGGUACGAAGGAACUGGGCGAUCCUUGUCUUUGAAGCUCCUACAGCAGUUGGAAUCCCAAAGCCAGCCAUCUGCUCCAAAUAAUGGACCCAAUUCAAGUAGGCUUUUUAAGAAAAUUGAAUUAAAUGAGUCCAUUAGGUAUGCAUCUGGUGAUCCUAUUGAGAGCUGGCUUAAUGAUUUACUUUGUUUGGAUCUUGCGAACUCCAUCCCCAAUAUCAGUAGGCUACCUCAUCCAAAAGAAUGUGAUCUUUAUUAUGUCAACCGAGACACACUUUUCUCAUAUCAUAAGGAGAGUGAGAUAUUUUUACAGCGGAUGAUGGCACUUUAUGUUGCUUCCCAUUACAAAAAUUCACCCAAUGACUUGCAACUAAUGGCUGAUGCGCCGGCUCAUCACCUAUUUGUAUUGCUUGGCCCAGUCGAUGAGUCUAAAAAUCAGCUCCCGGAUAUUCUAUGUGUAGUCCAGGUCUGUUUGGAAGGUCAAAUAUCUCGAAAAUCAGCUAUGAAAAGCCUAAGUGAGGGUCGGUCACCUUCUGGUGAUCAAAUACCAUGGAAAUUUUGUGAACAGUUUCAAGACAACGUGUUUCCAAGUCUCUCAGGAGCUCGGAUUGUACGAAUUGCUGUCCAUCCAAGUGCUGUGAGGCUUGGAUAUGGUUCAGCUGCUGUGGACCUUUUGACAAGGUACUAUGAAGGGCAAAUGACUCUAUUUGCUGAGGAUGAGGAGGAAAAUGAAGAGCCUGAAGUCAGGAUCACUGAGGCUGCAGAGAAGGCUUCUCUACUAGAAGAGACCGUAAAGCCUAGGGCAAAUCUCCCACCACUCCUUGUCCAUCUUCGCGAACGUCGUCCUGAAAAGCUCCAUUAUCUUGGUGUAUCUUUUGGACUUACACAAGAGCUUUUCCGUUUUUGGCGGAAGCACAACUUCUAUCCAUUCUAUGUGGGCCAAAUUCCUAGUGCUGUGACUGGUGAGCAUACUUGUAUGGUCUUGAGGCCCUUAAAUAGCGAUGACAUUGAAGUUAAUGAGUCAAGCAAAUGUGGAUUUUUGGAUCCAUUUUAUCAAGAUUUCAGACAAAGAUUCAGGCGUCUCUUAGGAACAUCUUUCCGGCAUCUCAAUUUUAAGCUUGCAAUGAGUGUAUUGGCUUCCAAGAUUGAUUUUUCAGAUCACGAACCCUCAGACUAUUAUACCAAUAUUACCUCAAAGAUAUUGGGAGAUAUGCUAUCACCACAUGAUAUGAAGCGGCUGGAAGCAUAUUCUAACAAUUUGGUCGAUUAUCAUCUGAUUCUGGACCUUGUCCCUAUUCUUGCACACCAGUAUUUUUCAGAGAAGCUUCCUGUUACACUACAUGGUGCCCAAGCAGCUGUUUUGUUCUGUAUGGGACUACAAGACAAAGACAUAGGUGCUACAAAGGAAGAACUGGGGAUAGAGAGGGAACAGGUUCUAUCAAACUUCAUCAAGACAAUGAAGAAGUUAUACGGUUACCUUCAUAAUAUUGCAGGAAAAGAAAUUGAAGCAACAUUACCACGACUAAAGGAAAUUGAUACAGCUCCUCUUAAAUCAUUGGAUGAGGACCUUGAUGAAGCAGCCAGGGAAGUAAAGGAACAAAGAAGAGCAAUAGAUGAGGAUGAUGUGGACCCAAAGUUUCUGCAAAAGUAUGCAAUUGAUGCCGAUGACGAUGAGAUUGAGAAGGCGCUGAACGGAGGAAAGAUUUCCGCAAGCGGUGUUAUCAGUGUGAAAUCCAACAAGACAAAGGCUGACAAGCAAGAGAAGCGCAAAGAAAUGAAGAAAUCAAAAAGGAAAGGAAAUGAUGGAGAGAAAUCUGAGUCUAAGAAGAAGAGGUCUUGAAUCAUCAAUUUAAAUUAGCACUUCCAGAAAGUUGACCUCGGUAGCUUGUGAAACUCACGAGAAACAAGUUGACCUCGGUGGCUCGUAAAACUUACCAGAAAAACUCCCUGUGCAUGCUGAGGAAGCCCUGCUAACACAAAGCCUCGAAAACGUGUUCAUCUCACAAGGGGGGCUCAAAGGAGCAGACAAGUUCUCCAGAAAACAUCUGGCACCAGCAGCCAUCAAUUUUGAUGUUUCAAUUUCUUAGAAUAUUACUAUAGUUUUGCUGUAUCCUCACUGUAGCACAGUUAAUUUUGUUAUGGAAGAAAAUUGCAGCUUACUUGUUUGCUAA